GGGAGAAAUCACUGAUGGGAGAAAUUCUGGAUUUACUGUUUCAGAACCCUUUCAGAAUUCCCGUCGAAUGUGUUCUUAACCUUCAUCAACUUCGUGAAAAUUCUAAUCGAAACUGAAAUUGAGGACUAGAGAAACACUUCAUUGAGCCCGUGGCUUAUAAAAUAUUCAGGAUGGCCUCCACUGCACUUAUUGUUGAUGGGAGCCUGAAAGAGGGGGGUGGCCAGAUAUUGAGAAUAGCUACAGCUUUAAGCUGUUUGUGCCAGAAACCCAUAACAGUAAACAACAUUCGGGCCAACAGAAGUAAACCAGGGCUAAGACCACAGCAUCUUAGCGGGAUACAGCUUGUGAGUCGCGUGUGUGGAGGUUCUCUGAAAGGAGAUGUGGUCGGGUCAUCUGAGAUUACCUUCUAUCCUGGAGCGAUUGGAGCUGGGAGAUAUACCGCUGAUACAGGAACAGCUGGGAGUGUUGUACUCCUGAUGCAGGUCUCCUUUCCCUGCUUGGUCUACGCGUCAGGUGACACCCAUGUGACCUUGAAAGGGGGUACCAACGCCGAGAUGGCCCCUCAGAUAGACUAUAUGAACAUGGUCUUUCAGCCGAUGGUUCAGAAGUUUGGUAUCAACUACGAUUGUAGAAUUGUCAGAAGAGGCUAUUAUCCCAAGGGAGGAGGAGAGAUACAAGUAAUAGCCAGACCAGUACGCGACCUUUCGCCUGUCACUGUGACAGAGGUCGGAUCAGUCACCAGGGUAACAGGAAGAGCCUUUGUAGCCGGCACCUUACCUCGAAAGCUCUCUCAGAUCAUGAGUAAUACAGCAAGCAGUAUAAUCAAGAAAGCUUACCCCGGUGUGGAUGUUCAGAUAGAUUCUGUACAAGAACCUCAUGGAGCCGCGGUUGGAAACGGAUCAGGGAUCAUAGUUGUAGCAGAGACGAGCACUGGCUGCAGACUAGCAGGGUCCAGUCUGGGAAAGAGAGGUAAACAAGCUGAAGAUGUAGGUCGUGAUGCGGCGGAGGAAUUGAUCAAGAAUCUUCAACAUGGUGGCUGUGUUGAUGAAUACCUUCAGGAUCAGCUCAUCAUUUUCAUGGCAUUAGCAAAAGGCCAAUCACGAGUGCGAACAGGCCCCAUCACGCUACACACAGAGACAGCUAUCCAUAUAGCACAACUACUUACUGAGGCCAAGUUCAGUAUAUCACCACUAACCGAUGGUUCGGGUGAAGGGGCUCACAUGAUAGAAUGCACCGGUAUAGGCCUACAGAACAAACAACUAGCCUGAACAUCUUCCCCAAGCAUGCUUCAUAGAGGGUGAUACAUCAGGGAAUCCUCUGACAACUCCCUCUGCAACUAGGCAGCUUUCUUCAGAGUAGCAUUCAUUUGGGUAAUCGUAUCCUCUAGGAAGCUUUUACGUGGAAGAGAUGCGCUCCAUUGGACUUUUCAUGAGCAUGUCGUUCUGUCAGAAGAUGUCAGAUGGCGCCUUGUCCCGAGUAACUUGAAUUGGCUGAUCUUCAAGUCGAUGGUCUAACUGGAUCCCACUGCUUUAAGUCCCCCUCACACCUAACCGAAUUGCCUGAAAUAUGCCUUGUGAUUGCUGGCAUAAGGCAUUAAAAAAAAAUCAUUUUC